AUGGAUGACGGCGACGGCGGUGCGUCUGUCGCGGGUGGUGCCGACAGUGGUGACGAAGUCGACGGCGACGGUGAUGGUGACGAUGACGACGACGACGACGACGACGACGGUGACGAAGACGACGAAGAGGUGGACGCUGGCGUCGACAACCUAGUCGAAGACCAACUACACCACCACCAUCAUCUUCACCAUCACCACCAGCAGCAGCAGCAGCAGCAGCAACAGCAACAGCAGCAGCAGCAACAGCAACAGCAACAGCAUCACCACCACCACCAUCACCAGCAGCAGCAGCAGCAGCAACAACAGCAGCAACAGCAGCAGCAGCAAGUGGACGGCGGUGGCCGGACCGUCAAGCAACACGCCGAGUUGGCGCAAAUGCACGCCGCCACCGCUGCUAUGCUUUAAUCGCUCACCUGCGCCGUCGUCGUGGUUUAGUGGAUUGCCGUUUACACCGCGGUACAUAGGGCGCGUAUCGCGGAAAAACCGCAUCUUCUGUGGCUCACUCAGUAUAUACGCAUACGGUUGCCUCGACUUCUCACCGCUAAAAAAUAUCCCUGACCUGCAAUGUAUAUUAUUAUUAUUAUUUUAUCCUACGCCUUAACUUAUUGUGUACUAAAUGAACAUAACAUAAUAUGUAUUGUGUAAGUCUAUCAUAUUAUUAUUAUUAUUAUUAUCAUUUGUUUCAUAUACGAACGGUAUGUAUAUUAUAAUUAUGCGUAUUUUGUACAGUGUGUAUACGAUACCCACAUAAUGUAUAUUUGAAUACCUAGUUUUUGAGUAUAUAUUAUAUUAUUAUAUUUUACGAAUAUUAUUACGACAAUAAUAUAGAUCCAUUCGCCUAGUCCAAUAUUAUUAUAUAUUAUAAUAAAUCACAUAUUGUUUCCGUUUUGUAAAAAAAAUAUUAUACACCUACCAGCCUGCAGCUGGAAAAUACUAACAAGCGUAGGAAAAUAUUCGUUCAUAUAUUUUUUGAUGAUUGCCGAAACGAGUACUUACCUACCUACGUAUACAAAGCGACGAGACAUUUUUUACACAAAUCUUGACACGAUUUUUAAACUAGAUCUCAGAAUUUUAAUUAUUUCAUCAAAACGUCAAGAUUACACGAGUUAGAUAUUUCUUGAAAUAGUAUAAUAUUAUAUAAUAAUAGUAUAAAAUCGUAAUUUUAUCAGAGAAUAAUCAUGCAUGCACAACAUCGAAAAUCAAUUCAUUAUAAUAUAUUACUUACAUGAUAAUAUUAUAUACAAUAUACUCAUAUCUGAAACAAUCGAUAAACAAUUUUCUUACAUUUUUUUAUGGAACUCGUAGAAUUUCUUUGAAUUGUCGGAACGUGAGAAACUACGACGGUAAAUUGGUUUGAAAUAUUGAAUAGAAACGUUGUCGAUUAAUUAGAUGUUUGUAAUAUAAGUGUAUACCGCGGUCUGUACCUAUAUUAUUGUAUGGUAUACAGUAUAUACAUUAUACAUAUAUAAGUAAAUUUCAAAAAAUCAGGACCGUUCAAGCUUGUGACAAUGUUUUAUUAUUUUUAAGGAAACAUAUUGUGUUGUACCCACAGGUUUUCAUUUUUGUUUACGUGUAAUAAAUAAUAUGUAUUUCUAAAAUUAUUUUAAAGUCAAUAAAAAUUGUAGGGUCGUUCAAUUUAUAGUGAUAUACCUAUAUAUUGUGUACAUGUUUUUUAUUAUUAUUAUUAUUAUUAUUAUUAUUUUAAUCAAUAACAUCGUGUAUAGAAUAAUAUUUCCACAUACGCAAUGUAUAACCGUUUUGUGUAACGUGUAUUUUAUAUUAUAAUAUAUUAUAUAUGAAAAAAAAUACUACUAAAUAAUUAUUAUUGUACGACAUUAUUCGUGUAGCUAGGUGAAUUUAUACAUUUUUUUCUUUUUGUUCUACGUUUUACUGUAAUAAUAAUGAGUGUUGAAGAGAAAUACAAACAUAAUAAUUUUUGUUUUUUU